CGUGCGCGCGCGCGGAGACCGGAAGCUGGCCGGCAGCCCGGAAGUCGCGGGCUAUGGAGGGUCGCUCGGCGGGUCGCGGGCCGUCUCGCGAGGGAUCGGCGGAAGAAGCCGAGCCGCCGGUCGCCUCCUGGAGCGGGGACAGCGGCCACGUGUCGCAGAGCCACAGCAUCGCCUCAGGGCCGUGGGAGGAUGAGGGCCCGGAGGGGGGCGCGCCGGGACGCGACCUGCCGCUGCUGCGCCGCGCCGCCGCGGGCUACGCCGCCGGCCUGCUGCCCGGGGCCGGGGCCGGGGCCGGGGCGCGGCCCGAGGUGCAGGCCCUGGACGCCAGCCUGGACGAGCUGCUGACCAGGGUGGACGAGUUCGUGGGCAUGCUGGACAUGCUGCGCGGCGACUCCUCCCACGUCGUGAGCGAGGGCGUGCCGCGCAUCCACGCCAAGGCCACGGAGAUGCGGCGGGUCUACGGCAAGAUCGACCGGCUCGAGGCCUUCGUGGGCAUGAUCGGCGCCAGCGUGGCCCGGAUGGAGGAGCAGGUCGCCAGGGCGGAGGCCGAGCUGGGGUCCUUCCCCGGCACGUUCAGGAAACUCCUGCACACAAUCCACGUGCCCUCCCUCUUCACCAAGGCGCCCGCCAGCAGGCCCCCGCCGGCCGCCUACGAACCGCCCGUCCUGUUCCGGACCGAGGACCACUUUCCCUGCUGCAGCGAAAGGCCGCUGCUCUGAGCGGGCGGGCGGGCCGCUGCGGGAGGACGCUGCCCUCCGAGGUCACCCCGAGUGCCGAUUGCAUCGAUGGGGAGCCCUGUUCCCGGGCCGGUGCUGUCGGGGUGUGGAAGUGUAACGGUGAUUAUUGCACACCCCGUUUCUCGCUGUCUUCAUAGUGGUUUCACGUAGGAAGUUUGCCCUGUUUAAGUCUUCCAGUUCCAACCCGAAAGCUGCUUGGUGGGCGCGACCGGGGCAGCAGAACGAAGGAACUCACCGGUGCACUGUGGCAACACUGCUGCUGUUGUGGAUUUUAUGGCUCCACCAACAGUAUUACCUUUUCAAGGUUUAUAUAUUUAUAUCCUCUCUAGGAAAAUUCCUGGGCCGUUAAAGCUUUGUUAUAAUUUGAUCCGAACAGUGGUUCCGUUUCCUAUCGCUUACUCUAUCGAUUGGUGGUAAGUUACUUAACAUUCUGUUAAGCUUUCCAUGUGGGUUGUAAACCGAAGGAAAUGGUGCAACUUCUGAGAAAAAUGCCCCGACUCAUUGCAACUAAUUCUGAAGUAUUGGAAAGUAUGACCACACCACCUUAACUUGCCCCGAGCAAAUAUGACCAUAUAAUGGUUGCCAACGUUUGGUUUAUAGCUUAAAUCUUAAUAAAAGUUUUAAACUU